AUGGACUACGAUGUUAUCGCUAACCAACCAGUGGUAAUUGACAAUGGCUCGGGUUCUAUCAAAGCUGGUUUCGCUGGGGGUCAGUCUCCAAAGGUGCGCUUCGCCAAUUUUGUUGGCCGACCGAAGCAUACUAGAGUGAUGGCAGGGGCGUUGGAGGGCGAUAUGUUCAUAGGUCCGAAAGCUGAGGAAUAUAGAGGGUUGCUUACUCUCAAGUAUCCAAUGGAGCAUGGUAUAGUAACUGAUUGGAAUGAUAUGGAAAAAGUUUGGCAGUACAUCUAUAGUCAGGAACAGAUGAAUAUUUUUCCAGAGGAGCAUCCUGUUCUUCUUACGGAAGCUCCUUUGAACCCGAUGAAGCACAAAGAAAAGGUUUGCUUCAAAUAA